GGCUGCUACCGCUGACGUCAAUGCACAAGCCAGCCCCAAGAGGCCGGUUACCCCUCCUAUCCCAGUUCAACAGAGGCCGAUGAACCACUCCUAGCUUUUCUCAAACGUCUCCAGCUCUACUCGGAGACCAUGGCAGCUGGACUAAGCAAGUGGGAAGAGGAGCAAGCCGCCCGCCAGCAGGAAAUCCAACACCAGCUGGCAGAGGCAGAGGCAGGACGUCAGCAGGCCACAGCAGAAGCUGCAGCAGCCGCACGGUUGCAACAGCAGAAGGUCGAGGCCAGUCAGAACCAACCCAGCCUUGGCAGCGCAGGCAAAGCAACUCGAGGAGUGGAUCAACCACGUGGUCGUGUCCCUCGGCGACACCAGCAAGUUUGCUGGAGCGUCAACAAUCAGCAAUCAACUGCCGAUGUCCCCAAGGAAUGGAAGAUGCCGAACUUCAAGAUCGAGAGGUUCGAUGACUACCACAACACUGAUCCGCUGCAAUGGUGGAUGGCAUUCAAAGCAGAGGCGAACGUGCAUCACACUCCAGCACUGCGGCGGCUUGACGCUCGCUACCUCGAACUCAUUGGAGGGGCGCAGGCCUUCAUUACGCACAUGGUGGUCACAUUGGAAUUUACCAUCCCCACCCUCCACACCAAGAUCACGUGGGAGGAAUUCGAGAAGAAAUGGAAGACCCGGUUCGUGGUCAACAACGACAAGCGUCACGCCUUGAACAAGAUCUUUUGCAUGUUUCAAGGCCAACAACCUUCACGGGAGUGGCUGACGGAGUGGCAAAGACUCGUCGCCACCCCGGAGUUGAGCUUACCAUUCGACGCAGUCCGGGCCGAAUUUUUUGCUCGGUCAUGCGACGCCUUGACAGUUGCGCUGGGCAGCGAAUUCCAUUAUGAGACCUUUGAUGACAUUUUCUCAAAGGCAAGAGAACUAAUCCAAGGUGACCGGCGCGCAGCGAACGAGGCCCGCCAACAGCCCGGUUAUGUGGAGAAAGGCAAAGGUCAACGGACGCCGCAAGUAGCAGCAGUCCAACAAGGACCUAGUGAGGACCAUGCAGCCGCGUCUACAUCAAGUGACGGAGAUGUGGCAGCACGUCUGCCUCGACAAGGACAAGGAAAAUGUCAAACGUCCGGGCUCGGGAAACUGAGCUCCGCGGGAAGUGCAGCGACAACACUUUCCAGCCCGCCGGACUCGGCUGCCUUGGCAGCAGUCUCUCUCACGCCCGGGGACACUGCGAUAGUCGCAAGUUCUCGUAUCCAUUAUGAGAACUAUGUUGUCGAGCUGGUCCCACAAUUGAACCAGCCUCUCCGCUUGCAAGCUUCAAGCGCGUGCGCGGAAGUUCCGCCGUCGGACAACGAACCGGUUGCUUCGCCAGCCCUUCUAUCAGAGGAUCCGUCAACUUGGGCGAGUCUUGAGGAACUUGACCCGUUGACGGUUGAGGACUUCCAAUUGUUGCCUCUUCCCUCCACCGGUUCUUUGCCAACACUGCAUUGCAAUGCCUUAAUGGCACGUCUGCGCGAAUACUUGCACGUUGCACUACCACCUCCGUCGACGGACGACGGAGUAGCAGUUGUUGACCUUCGUAGCUAUCUUGGGAAGAUAGACCGCGAGUACGCAACGCAACGGUACGUCGACAUCGACGCGCCGCUCCUCUACAUCGGCAUUCAGAUCGAAAAGGCGACCUGCAGUGCCUUGAUCGAUUGUGGAGCGACUCGCAACUACAUCAGCCAAGACUUCAUGGCACGCGUCGGGCUAGGCCCGCGCGUUCGAAGGAAAAGUCAGCCUACGCACGUCACGUUGGCCGAUGGUCACACACAAAAGUCAAUUGACCGAUGCGUUGACUCGGUGCCCGUGUACUUUGCCCCGCUAGCAUGCGAGGCCGUGUCAUUCGACAUAUUGGACACUAAGUUCGAUAUGAUCUUAGGCAUGUCGUGGCUGCAAAGCGAAGACCAUCUGGUGAACUUCUAUCGACGCACCGUUCACGUUCGUGAUCGGCAAGGCGAAUUAGUCCCGUGUACGGUGUCGCUUCCUCAUCCUUCGAUUGGUUGUCAUGUGGUCUCCGUGGCGAGCAUUCGCCAAUCCAUCUGGCGGAACGACAUCGAGGAGAUGGGCAUAUGUUUUCUUCACGCCCUCCCACCCGGUGAUCAGCCCAAGACGAAUAUGUCGGACCCACGCAUAAUUGAGCUGUUCGACAACUAUGAGGAUGUCUUCCAAGCUCCCGCCGGAGUUGUACUGGAUCGGCCCAUACGCCACGGGAUCACUCUCGAGGACGGUGUCGUACCUCCGCGCAAAUGUAUCUAUCGCAUGAUCGAAAAGGAGCUUCAAGUGCUUCGGGCACAACUAGACAACCUCUUGGCCAAGGGCUGGAUUCGCCCUAGCUGUUCGCCAUACGGUGCUCCCGUUCUCUUCGUCCGGAAGAAGAACAAGGACCUUCGUUUGUGCAUGAACUAUCGGAACCUUAACGCGCAAACGAUCAAGAACGCCGGCCCUCUCCCUCGGAUCGAUGAUCUUCUCGAGCGACUAGGCGGCGCCAAGUACUUCUCGAAGCUUGACCUCAAGUUCGGAUACCACCAGAUCGAGAUCCAGCCAAAAGAUCGGUACAAAACCGCGUUCAAGACGCGAUAUGGGCACUUUGAGUGGAUCGUCAUGGCUUUCGGUCUCACCAAUGCCCCGACUACUUUCCAAGCGGCUAUGACGACGAAAUUCCGCGACUUGCUCGACCGCACCGUACUCAUUUACCUUGAUGAUAUCUUGGUUUAUAGUCAGACUCUGGACGAGCACCUCGAGCACCUUUGCGCCGUUUUGGAGCGGCUCCGUAUUGCCAAGUACAAGGCGAACCACGACAAGUGCGAGUUUGCCCAGCAAGAGUCGGAGUACUUAGGCCAUUACUUUACGCCGCAAGGCAUUCGUCCGCUCGCGGACAAAGUACAAGCCAUUCAAGAUUGGCCGGAGCUCAAGUUGACUACGGACGCUUCCGGCUAUGGCAUUGGCGCGGUUUUGGAACAGCAUGACGACACAGACUGGCAUCCGGUUGAGUACUUCAGCCGAAAGGUGCCACCCAUCAAUACACUUGAUGAUGCGAGGAAGAAGGAACUGCUAGCUUUUGUCACCGUACUUAAGUGUUGGCGUCACUUUCUCCCCGGGCGUCGGCGAUUCACGUGGGCAACGGACAACAAUCCGUUGACGUAUUACAAGACGCAAGAGACAGUGAGCAGCACGAUCGGUCGAUGGAUGUACUUCAUUGACCAGUUCGACUUCACCUCCAAGCACAUUCCGGGCUCCUCUAACAAGGCAGCGGAUGCUUUCUCGCGAAGACCUGAUCUUUGCGCCUUGGUGCACUCCACAUUCGGCCUCGACGAGAACCUGCAACAGCAUUUCGUAAACGGCUACAAGUUGGAUCCGGGAUUCUCCACACUCUAUGCGGACUUAUCAUCGGAUCACGUGCCGGCAAGCAACUAUCGCAUUGUCGACGGCUACUUGCUUCUUCAUACACGAGGCAAGGACUUGUUGUGUGUUCCCCAAGACCACAUCUUGCGCACUCACCUCCUUGGCGAAUACCACGAUUCGCGGCUGGCGGGACACCUUGUUGUUGCACGCACACUCGCACGACUCCGCCAGCGAUUUCACUGGUCGGACAUUAUCAGCGACAUCAACCGGUACAUUCAGACAUGUGCAGUUUGCCACCGGAACAAAGGGCGCCAUCAGCUCUCGUACGGCGAAUUGAAACCAUUGUCGAUUCCUCGGGAACCGGGUCUCUCCAUUGCUAUGGAUGUGACCGGCCUGUUCCCUCGCGAUCGCCUUGGCCACGAUGGCAUUCUCACGGUCGUUGACCGUUUGAGCAAGUACGCUCGAUUUCUUCCAUGCAAGUAUCAUGCGACGGCUCCUGAGCUCGCACGACUUUUGCAUACCGGCUGGUUUUGCAGCCACGGCGUCCCGGAAGACAUCGUCAGCGACCGCGACACUCGUUUCAUGUCAGCUUUUUGGACGACACUCGUGGUGAAUCCGGCACCAGCAUGAAACCGAGUUCCGCACGACAUCCUCAAAUGGAUGGGCAAACGGAACGUGCGCACCAGACUG